CCCUAUAGCCUGGUGGCCUCCAACACCCUGCUGGUGGCCCGGCCGUCCUAGCCCUCCCUGGCAAGCCAUCCACCACCACCUUCACCCGGCAGCCGUCCACCACCACCUUCACCCGGCAGCCGCUGCAGCGGAACAACGGGAGGAUCACAGGCUACGUGAUAUUCCUCACCACGGACCAAACUGUCGGUGACUGGGUGAUGGGGGAAGUGACGGGGGACUGGCUCACCCUUACCGUCCAUGGACUGACGCCUUCAAGGAAGUAUUUGCACAAGAUGCACACUCACAAUGUCAAAGGUUUUGGUCCAUUCUCCUCCGUGGAAAGCUUCACGACUUCCAGUGUUGGCGGCAGCUGCAGUGAGAGCAACAAGCCUGGCGUCCAGCCUCCAGACCUGUGGAUCCAUCACGGCCACUUGGAGCUGAAGAACUUUGACAAGGGUGAGCGCAGCAACUCCCCCAACCACGCCUCCAUCAUCCAGCACACAGCUGAAGAUCAACAACAAGGAGAUGACGGCGCUAGACCAGAUGCUUGGGGCACUCCUGGAGGCUCUGCAGGACAAGGCCAAGGAAACAAAGAGUGGCCAGGCUCUGGGACCGAGGCACAGAGAGCCAAGACGGCCGAGGGUUUAUCAAGACUGACAACAACGUGACGGUCAAAGUGUUAGAGGUAAGAAUCUUACGUGAUGAAACAUUGUGGAAGCCUUGCCAGAGUAUAUGGUCCCACAACAUGUCCUGUAGCUUCUGAAUGAGUGCCUUCAAGCUCUGGUGCUGCUUCCCUUCCUUUGUUAUGAGUGUUUCCAUACUUACUGCUCA